UUUAUCAAACAAUCCGGAAAAAUUACUCUUUUGACAUGCUGUUCAAAAAUUCUGCUUCAGAGCUUCCUCACUCGCAGAAGUAAUUAUUCAUGCUUUAAUUAAAGUCAUUCACAUAACCCUUAAUUACUGCAAAUAUCGAGGAUUUUCAACAGACAGAUUUUCAUCCUUCGAGCGCAGAAACGACUGUACCAUCACCAUGGGCUGUACACCGGGAAGAUUAAAUAAUUCUGCUUCAAAUACCCAUCAGAUUACCCUACAAGAAACGGAACAGGGAAGUGACAUACUUUUGGAAAACCCGAAUGGGUCGGGUGACGCGGUAAACCUCCAAGCCCAGAUAGCAGAUGGCGUUGGACAUUACACCCUGACGAGAGUGAGAGCAGAUGGACUGGCCUUCAAGGCGGGAUUGAGGUCAGACGACCAGCUCAUAGGAAUAAACGGCAAAACCAUCGAAAAGUAUAGCCUUCAGUACGUCCUACAAUUUCUCCGUGAAGGCAUCCAGUCAAAACUCCUGCUGGAGCUGAAGCGAAGCCACAGCGGUUGUACCAAAUACGUAUGGUCGUUCUUCGAACUCUCCGUCCAAGAGGGAAACCCAGCAAUUGAGGUGAUUAGCCUACUCGAGACUGAUAUCGAUGUCAUACCCACGAAUAUUUUGGAUGCUACCAUCUCGUGGACUGGUGCGCCAGUGAACGCUUUUGAUAUCUACUUGCCUGACGAAAAACUCUACCUGGGCAUUGACGACGGAAGAGUAUCGUUUAUGACGUAUGACAAGAAAAAGUGUACGUUUUACAGAUACAACUAUGACGGAGGCGACUCGUCCCAGGGCAACGUCGUAGCUUACACGCAACAGAACUUUAAGCCACCGCCGAGUAUGAACAGAAAUACACCGGCUGCAAAAAAGGACCGGGCAAAGCCGGAAGUUGACACAAUGCAUUUCCCUACUUCGAUGGUGACGCAGUGGUCAUUUCCACCCGAUCCCCGUCUGUGGUACGAAAAAAUAGCUCCUACGGGAGACCAGAGAGGACGUACACUGGAAAGCAUGACACAACAGGGUAAAUUUCCCCACUUCCACGAAUCGGUUUUUAAUACCUUAGUACACGCAUGUCUGAAACUGUGCAGAAGCGAAUCCGGGAAGAUGGUAGCAACUUUGAGGAAGUUUCAGUCAUCCAAUCGGCCAAAUGUGGACACAGCAUGGUUGCUGCGAGCAACGAUGUUUUCCAUCUUCCGGUAUCCUUUCUUAGCAGUGCUGGUGAAUGCAUUCAUGGGGCGGUACCAUUGUAACUGUGUCCCUGUGUUGACUUCACUGCUCUUGUUUUCCUUCAUGUCUUUAAAUGUAGGUUGGUAUUUGGCUAAAAGUCCGACGGACAACACUGCAAUUUUGUCCGAACUGCCCGCAGUGCUGGGCAUUUUGCCACAUGAGGUCCGAGUCGGUCCAACGAAGACAACCGGAGCCGGAGAAGCAUGAUCAUCUUACUCGAAUGGCUAAAUCCUCUGUCGCAUCUGGAAAACGGUUUCACAACAAUUUUCUAAGACGGAAAGGCAGAUCGAAAUUCCUGUGUUAUAACACGUAUUUAAUGACAUAUUGCCGGACGGUUGUCACAGCUGACAUAAGUACUCUCUUUAAGAGCGUUCAUUCCAACGCUGGUCUGCACAUUUUGGUUUCACGCCAACUUUCGUAUUUUGUAUUACAUUACAGUAAUGCCAACCCAUAAAUUUACAGAAAAUGAAGCAUAUGAUGUACCGGUAAGCCUUUUUUGUAUAAUAUCCACACCGGACGUUUGAAAAAUUCGUAAUUGCUUCUAAAAAUUCUGUGUUACUAGCAAGCCUUCUUUGCAAUGAAUUUCGUUCUCACCUGCUUCAUUCUGGUAGCUAUAGACCACUUGCUUCAAUGAGCCGAAUUGACUA